AUGCCUUUCGUAGCAAACACUCCAGAAUCGCUCCUCAACCGCAAUGAUUCCAAAAACCCCGCAUCGACAUGUCGUGGACUUACUGCGUCCGGUCGACCUUGUCGAAGGCCUCUCGCUACCGCCGGCAGGACGCUACAACCACCCUCGCGCCGUCGCGACGAUCCUGCAAAUGAGAACCUGUACUGUUGGCAGCAUCGAGAGCAAGCGAAUUUCUCUGCGCACUCCAGUCCUGGACCGCGCGCCAAUGCCACGCCCAUUCUGGAGGAGGAGCGGCCCAGGACGAGCCUCGAUACGUUGGCUGACCGCCUAGGUCUGGUGGAUCUCCAGGACAAGGAAAAGAGGAAGAAGACGAAGCAGCACAAGCAAGGUGGUCCUGCCAAAAAUCCAAGGAUAUACCGACCACCACCCAAGAAGGCCAAAGAGCCAACUCUGGAGUUUUGUUUCUGCUUCAAGAUGCCUCUGGAAGAGAAGACGCCAGCACCUCGCCCGCAGCCACAGCCAGUACAACAGCACCAUGCGAACUCGCAAAUGUCCAGCCCCGGGCGGAGGACAAAGCAGACCCUGAAUGCGUCCACGGCAUCGCCAGCCAAAAGCUCACGAAAGUCAAAUAUCUCACAGACCGCGAGAUUAAAAGACCUCAUCCCGGAUGACUUGGACACCAUUACCGCGUCGGCCAUUCUGGCCGAACUGGCCAAACCACAUUCCGAAGCAGAAGAGCCUGGGUAUAUCUACAUGUUCUGGUUGACACCAGAGGCCAAGGCAGGUGCCCGGGCUGCGCCGGUCGACGCGGCGCGGCAGAUGCUCGCCCCGCCCUCACCAUCACCUCGAAACCGUCGCGUCAGUGAUACAGUUCUGCCCUACGCGGAUACCACCCGCGGCAGUGGCAAGAAGACCAUGGUUCUCAAAAUUGGGCGCGCAGCGAACGUUCAGCGCCGGAUGAACCAAUGGCAGAGGCAAUGUGGUAGGGAGGUCGAGGUACUUCGGUACUAUCCUUACGCAUCGUCCACCGCGCCGCUCGAUGCGCCACCCCGCACUACGCCGCAUGUCAAGAAGGUUGAGCGACUGGUUCACAUUGAGUUGGCAGGGCGCGGUCUUAAAGCAGACGCUGGGGCGUGCGACGCCUGUGGCCGAGAGCAUCGAGAGUGGUUCGAGGUCGACGCUUCGAGAAAAGGGGUUCGAGAUGUGGACGAGAUAAUAAGACGGUGGGUGGAGUGGGACGAGGGACGGUGA